ACGUUCGGAUCAACCUCUGGUGUUUCAUUACGACUCGGCUUCGGUAUCGGUAUCGGCGGCGUGGCCCACUUCGGCGAAGGCAAGCAAUGAAGCAAUGUGCACACUGCGUUCGGGCUCGGUCGUAGCUCGGGAUGCGAAUGGUUAUAUUAUCCGUCCAACUCUCCUGCCCUUGAUCAUUGUUCCCACAGCCUCCGUACAGCACAACAAUCAUGGUAGCAGCACGCAGCAUCCAGAAGCAUGUUUUUGUACCCUUGUCAAGGUCGGGGGUCCCAUUGCGUAGCUCAUGCCACGAUACUAUUUCCUCGAUAGUCAAUACGAGAUAUCUUUCAACAAGCCAGUCAAAGCAACAACACCUCCUCACGUCAACCCAUGGUUCAACGCCGCCACGAAAACGCAUCGUGAUGGGAGUCACAGGUGCGACCGGAACACUAUAUGCCAUUCGAAUGCUGGGGCUACUUAAAGAGCUAAACGUCGAAACGCACCUGAUUUUCUCGAAAUGGGCCUUGGCUACUAUGAAGUACGAAACCGAGAGGUCCUUCGCCGACAUUGCAGCCCUUGCAACGAAGUACUACGCUAUGAAAGACAUGGCAGCUCCGCCAUCGUCUGGCAGCUUCCUUCACGACGGUAUGAUCGUUCUCCCUUGCUCGAUGAAAACACUAGCCGCUAUUCGUUCUGGCUUCUGCGACGACCUUAUCUCGCGAUCGGCCGAUGUAUGCUUGAAGGAGCGACGGAAGCUACUGUUAGCUGUCAGAGAGACCCCUCUCAGCGCCGUUCAUCUAGACAACAUGACGUUUCUUGAAAGAGCUGGAGCGACAAUCUUCCCUCCAGUACCUGCAUUCUACACCAGGCCGAGAACGAUAGAGGAAUUGAUUGACCAGAGCGUUGGCCGGAUGCUUGACAAUUUUGGCAUUCAUGUGGAGAAUUUUGAGCGCUGGGAGAGCUUUCGGCUGGACAAGAAGUCGGAAUGAAGAACGGGCGUCGAGCUGUAUUCAGUCAGAUCCC